AAGUGACGUCACAUCCAUCAUUGGGAAUGCUGAGCAAGUUCAUCCUAGCGUAAAGGAUUCUGUCAUGAAUAUUAUUUGACCAUGUUGACAUUAAACAUGGCGGCAUGUCGUCAGUGCUGUGCUGUGUCGUGCUUGUGUAACUAACAACUUCAAAAUUUAGCCCAGAAGAAAAUUCGAAGUAAACCAGAUUACUACUAGUCCCAACCAGUAACCAUCAGCCUUCUAUGGACAAGAAAUUUUUGAGCAUUACGGCACAAUACGCAAGCAGCACGCAUUGAAGACAUCUGAGGAUUUUUAUUUAAUUUUUCCGUUUCAACAACAUAUACAACCCGCAUAUUAAACGAAAACUAACAAAUUUUGAGUGACUGUGAAUUGUUUUUUUUUUAUGACUUUACGUGGGAACUUUACUUUUUUGCUUUGUCCAACUGAUCCCCUAAUUAUUAUUAUGGUCUAAGUACUGGGAACUCGUGUACCUUGUGAAUUCGAUUGAUUUAACUAACGUGAGCGAUCAUUUUUUAAAUUUUUAUCGGCUGCCAUAUACACAUCUACAACACACAAACACAUACACACGUACACUCACGCAAGCAUUGACUGUAUUUCGUCGGGUAUUUGAGAAAUACCGGUUAACCAUUCUGUGAUAUCCACUACACUUAAAAGAAAAACGAUAAGAAGUGACAAGAAGACAUAAUAUAUUAAAUCAUUGUACUGUAUAGAAAUAUGUCCAGCAAUCCUCAGUGGAAGACAUUCCAGCCGCCCCCCGAUACAAUGAAUCAGGACCCCAUCAUUGAUUUUAAAUCUCUGACCAGUAACGGUAAAUCAUCUCAACCAUUCAACUUCAAUCGAUCAACUUCAAAUUCGCGGUUCGGCCAGGAAUUCCCGCUGCUGCAAGAUAAGACGACCGCUUCACAGUUGUCUUACAGUAACGGCCUCUAUGGGUCGGCAAGUGCAACGCACGCCAGUACUCGCGCCUUUCCGCCCAUAGGCACAUUCACGCUGGACACCAACAACGUGUUUAAUAGCUCAGGCGAUGGUUCGAUCAACAGCACUUCGUCCAACCUAUUCUCCGCAGUAUCCAACGGUAACACCAGUAGCAGCAGCUAUAACAACGAGUCGUCUAAUUCGAAUUUGGGAACCAGAGAAACGGGUAUCAUUGAAAAGUUACUGCAUUCCUACGGAUUCAUCCAGUGCUGCGAGCGGCAGGCGCGUCUCUUCUUCCACUUCAGCCAGUUCAGCGGUACCAUCGAGCAUUUGAAGAUCGGCGAUCCGGUCGAAUUCGAAAUGACUUACGAUCGACGUACAGGCAAACCGAUCGCGAGCGCGGUCACGAAAAUAGCUCCGGAAGUCGUGAUGAGCGAGGAGCGGGUGACGGGAACCGUUACGACAGAGGUCAGGGGCGAGGGCUCGGGGGGAGACACGAUGGGCAGGAUUAGCUACGAAAACAGGGGCGAGUGCUUCUUUUUACCGUACACCAAAGACGAUGUGGAGGGAAACGUCGUGCUCAGAUCCGGCGAUAGGGUCAGCUUUCAGAUUGCCACCAAUAAUAGGGGUAACUUGGGCGCUUGCCACGUCCGCUUAGAGAAUCCAAAGCAUCCGGUUAAAUAUCAGGGAGUCGUCUGCUCGUUAAAGGACAGUUUCGGAUUCAUCGAACGCGCGGAUGUGGUCAAAGAGAUAUUUUUUCAUUUUUCCGAAGCCAAAACCAAAGAGGAACUCCGUUUGGGCGACGACGUGGAAUACACCAUUCAAACCCGCAACGGGAAGGAAGUUGCGUGUAAUAUAACCAAACUUCCACCGGGGACCGUUAUAUUCGAAGACCUCAAGCCGGACAUCCUUAAAGGUCAGGUGACCAAGGCGAUCGACAAGAAUCUGAGGACGAGCAACGAGCCCUUGCCGGGCCGAAUCACCUAUAAGGUGGCAGACUCGAAGGAAAUCAGGGAAAUUUCGUUUAGCGAGAAGGAUCAGAUGGGCGACUUCACCCUCAGGUACGGAGAUUGGGUGAAAUUUCAAAUAGCCACCGAUAGGAGGGACGCACUGGACCGGGCCACCCACAUCGUGCUGCUCGACGAGAGUUUCCAGGCAUCAGGCGAGAAACGGGAACAGGGCGUGGUCGCGUCUCUCAAGGACGGUUUCGGGUUUCUGAAGUGCGUCGACCGGGAACCGAGACUGUUUUUCCACUUCAACGAGAUACUCGACGUGAACAAAACGAACGAGCUGCAAGCCGGCGACGAGUUCGAGUUCACCGUCGUGCAAGACCAGAUCGCCAAUUAUUCGUCGCAGAAGGAGAACAGACAGAGCGCGAUCCGAAUGAAGUGGUUACCACCCGGCACGGUACAGUUUGAGGUCAGGGUCGAGAACGAUCUCUCAGGGGUCAUAGCGAAAGAGAUCCCGAUGACCAAUUGGUUGAACCGGAGCCCUAGCAAGAGUCAGAACGCUUACGGCGGGGAAACGAAUGAACCGGGGCUCAUAGGGUACACGUUCAACGGGACUAAGAAAACUAUUUCGUUUUACGCGAAAGAUUGCGACGUCAAGCAUCUGCCCCGCAUCGGGGACAAAGUUAGGUUUGACAUCAAUCAAAUGAAAAGGACGAAGGAGUACGUGGCGGUCAACAUCCAGAUCACCCAGUCCGCUGCGAUCCAGACGAACGGCGUGAAGCACAGGAACAGCGGUCAGGUGUAUCAGGGUUUCGUCGCCGCCCUUAAGGACGGUUUCGGUUUCAUCGAGACCGUUCAGCACGACAAAGAGGUGUUUUUCCACUUUAGCAACUUCGAGGGCGAUUCGAACGGUCUCGAGCUCGGCCAGGAGGUUGAGUACAAUUUGGGCACCCGGGGCAAUUCCGGUUCGUGCUCGUCCGCCGAAAACGUCAAGGUGAUACCGAAGGGUACGAUCGAGUUGCCCGCGGUCAACGGAGACGUCCUAGAGGGCGUGGUCGUGCGCCCACUGCGGUCCGUCAAUCCGGACCAGACCGAGUACUCGGGACUGAUCAAAAUUAGGACGGAGGAUCCGGAGGAGAAAUCGGCGGAGUACGAAUUCGGCAUCAUGGGUCUGAUCAACAAAAGGGAACUGCUGCAAGUGGGCGAUCAGGUUCACUUUCAAAUCGAUUCCACGCAGCGGGCGGCCAACAUCGUCGCGGUGAGGAAAAAACUGCGCGCCACCGUCGACGCCAUCAAAGGUCACUUCGGUUUCCUCGCGUACGAGGUCGAGGAGGGCAAGAAACUGUUUUUCCACAUGACCGAAGUGAAGGACAACGUCACGCUGAACGUCGGCGACACCGUCGAAUUCGUCCUGGUCACCAACCACCGGAGCGGCAAAUCGUCCGCUUGCAACGUCGUCAAAGUGACCGACGUGCAAGCGAGACCCGAAAGACUGAUUAGCAGGCUGAGGACGAUCUCAUUGGACGACACCGGUCCGAAACUGAUCGCGAUCCGUCAACCGAAAGGGCCCGACACCAAGGGCUUCCUAGCUGAAGCGAGGACCCGUCGCCUGGUGGGGGCGGUGCCGGAAUAAUUGAAAAAAAAAAGCACCCAAACCCGUAGAGAUUUUUUUCCAGGCCCACUAACCUACGAUUUUGUCUUUGGAAAGUAAAAAGAAACAACAACAAACGAAAUCGCAAAGUAUAUAGUGUAUUUUUUAUUAAGUCUUAUUUAGAGAGUAAAUCCCAAUUAUAAUACUUUUUCGGGUCGCAGAUGAGUAAUUUUUUUUAACGGAAAUUUUGAAAAGAAGAGGCCCCCACCUGUUAAUUUUUUUUUUUCAUUUUCAUCACGGCGAGUAUAAUGACAGGUUCGGUCCGGAACUAAAAGGACGUAAGAGUAAAAAAAAAGUAUGUGUAAAUUUAAACAGCCGCUUGAAGAAAUAAAAAUCCAAAAAAAAAACAGAUAAUCCAUUGACAAAUAUAUUAAAUACAAUGAAUUUAUUCCUAGGGUAAAAAUGUUAUUAGAUUAAAAAAAAAACUACAAAAAUAUGAACGGGAGGUAAACUAGAGAAGACUGCAUCGGUACGAGUGGGAAAAUCAUGUGUAUACACCGUAAGGUUUUUCCGUUAUAUUUUCGGUUCGAUUGAGGGUUUUUAGUGUGAUUUUUUUGACGCAAAAGUCGGAUCAAAAAUGUUGCUAUCAUCCGGCGAGUAUUUUUAUCAUAUUUAGCUGAAACUAUAUAGCGAUUAAUGUGUCCUACAGUACCCGCGGCGAACCGAUAACGAUGCGCGCAUGUUUCCAAAGCUCGGCGUAUUUUUUUGUUUUUCAUAAUGGGCUCUAAUGAUAAUUACGUGUCGCUUGUGAUUGUGAGAAAACGCGCUGGAAGUGAAUCUUGUUUUGACUUUUUUUUGUGAAAACGCGAAAAUCAUGCAGGACGGCGGAUAAACUGGGUAACAUUUGAGUCGAUUUUCAAGCCGUUAAAAAGUUAUUAGUUUAUUGAUAUUGAUAGUCAUUGUUCAGUUUUUUUUUAUUGUUUAUUCGUAAAUACAUUUUUAUUGGGGCGAAAAUCGGAUGAAAAUGUUAAUUACUUCGAAUAAAAAAAAAUGCGAUUUUUUGCAAUAAAUAAAAAAAAUGACCGUUCUGUAUAUGUCGCGUUUUUAAGGGACUAUGUCCAAUGAUUAACGGCAAAACUUUGCCCGCAAACGUGUGCUAUAAAAUUGAAUAUUCUAAUGUUCGUAGAGGUAAGGAUUUUCUAAAACGAAGAGGUUUCGGAAUUGUGUCGCCAUUCGUUGGCGGUGACGAUAGCUUAAAGUGGCCUAAAAAAUUAAAAAUGCCGUUCUUUUUUUUUGUAUAUUGUUGGACCCCCACUGUGAUAGUAUAGUCGUUUUUCUAUCGAGCCUUGGCCGACUUAUUUAUUUAUCGGUUAAUUGAAUUUUUAAACAAAUCGUAUGGUGGGGUGAGAAUAGCAGAGCGAUCGCUGGGUGUGGGUACUGUGAUGCAGUUUUUUUUUUUUCAUUUAAGGAUAACAAAGGAAAACUACAUACAAAUUAAUGAAUGUGGAUUAUCGCCCUAUUUGUAAACGUUGUUUUAAUUUUAAAAGGAAUAAAGUGAAACCAUUAUGUAA